AGCUACCCCCACCACACCGGCGGCCACCAUGGCCAGCGGCGGCGGCGGCGACGUCUCCGCCGUCUACACCUCCGUCAUCGAUGACGUCGUCGCAAAGGUCCGGAAGGAGUUCCUCAACCACGGCCUCGGCGACGGCGUCCUCACCCAGCUCCGGGCACUCUGGGAGGCGAAGAUGGUCCACUGCGGCGCCCUCUCUGGCACCACGGCGCCGGCCCCUGGAGGCGGAGGGCGGGCAACCCCGCCGGCGCCGCCCUCCUACGACGAGGGGUACUACGGCUACGCCACCCCCACCGCCGAGAUGCUGUUCCCUCCGACGCCGAUCCCGACCCCGAUCCGGACGCCGCUUCGGUCGCCGAUCAGCGGCAUGAGAAACGACGGGGCGGUGAAGGAAGAAGAAGGGGCUGAGCGGCCCAAAUUUGGCCGCCCGAGCCCUUAUUACGUGCCGCCGUCGCCGUUCCCGUGGUUGAACCAGAGCCGCCCGCUGGGGGCCGAUGUGGACAUUGCCUAUCAGGAGAGCCUCGAGGACCCGGACACGGCGCCGCGGACUAGAGAUUUCCUCACGAUGUGUCCAGGGAAACGCAAGAGGGGCGAUGAUGAAUUUCCUGGCCAGCGAUCCUCUGCUUCUGCCCUGCCACAACAGGAUGAGAGUGCAGAUCAGACCGUCGAAUUUUUCUUGCCACAUUCAUCAGAGGGCAAUGCUGCUCAAGAGCUGUGGGAUUCCAUCAUGGACAAGCGAGGAUCAACGCCAUCUGUCAAAGAAACAACAAGGACGGCUCGAGUUAUUCCUCAACUGGAUGGGGUUCAAGGCGAUGGCUACUAUGAUUAUCAAUAUUUCUUCCCAGGAGGAGUCUCAACUGAAGAUUAUGAUGAUGAUGAACCUCCUCUUAAUGAAGAUGACGAUGACGACGAUGAAGAUGAGUUAAAGGACUCUGAGCCUAACGCACAGCACCUUGUCCUGGCACAAUUCGACAAAGUGUCGAGGACAAAAAAUCGUUGGAGAUGCAGUUUAAAGGAUGGGAUUAUGCAUUUGAACGGCAGAGAAAUUCUAUUCAAAAAGGCGUCUGGAGAGUUUGAUUUUUGAUCAAUUUCUGAUUCAAGAAGCUGAUCCUGUAAAAAUGUUAUUGAAUUGGAAAUUGC